AUGUACCUCGCCAAAUCUUCACGUUUGCGCCUAUCUCUGUCCCGCCACCAACAACGGUUUGCCUCUAUCUCGGCCACACAGUCUGCCCAUUUGUGCCUAUCUCUGUGCCACCAUAUCUGUGAGUUUGCAUUUCUCACCCCUCCAACAAUGACCAUUUGUGUCUAUCUGUACCCCCAAUAUCUGUGCGCCGCAAAUACUGGCCGUUUGUGUCAAUCCUCCUCCAUCCAACUCUGUCCAUUUGCAUCUACUUUGCCCCGCUUGCUCUUGUCCGUUUGCGUCUAUCUCUGCCAAACCAACUAUUUCCUUUUCGUUGUCUUUGCUGUUUCGAAAGCCCGCAAGGAUUCUCUUUCUAGCGUAAUUUGCUUAUUCUUUCGCUCUAUGAGGUUUGUCAGCGGGAACAGAAUUGUCGAGCAGUCGGGGAUGAACCUGCGAAAAAACGCUUUCUCUUUCUACCUCUCUCUCUCUCUUUCUACCACCCUCUUUCCACCUCUAACUCUUUCCACCUCCAUUUACACUUCUCUCUCUUUCCAUCGCUCUCUCUUUCGAACUCCCUCUUUCCAUCUCUCUUUCGUUCUACCUCUCUCUUUCCACGUCUCUCUCUCUCUUUCCAUCGCUCUCUUUCCAUUUCUCUUUCCACCUUCCCGUGUUGGUGAUGAUGUGUUGUCUGUUAGGCAGUGUUUUUUGUUUUCAUUCUUUUUUGGGGCAUUGGCGAAUAUUGCUGGCUUCAAUCGCUCAAUUGAAACCGUUUGUUCAUCACCAGCCAAUGUCUCUAUGAUAAAAUAUUUUUCUUCCUUUUUUAUUACUUUGUAUGGCCCCGAAUAUGGAGCUUCCAGAGGUUUCCUAAUCCUGUCAGUUCGCAGCCAUACAUGUGUUGUUGAUUUUAGUUCUUUAGCAGUGAACGACAGAAAUACACUCUGUUUUAAUUUGUUCAUAUCUAAAUUUGUUCAUUUCACUCUCUCCGUUUAUCUAUCUAUCUAUCUAUCUAUCUAUCUAUCUAUCUAUCUAUCUAUGUUUAUCUGA